AACGGACAAAAAGCAGAAACGGAUAUUUGCCCUCCUCUAUGUACCCGAGCCAGAGAGCUCUGCCCUUCCCCUCCCUCCUCUCGCCGCUCCUCCUCUUCCGAAAACGAAGACGCGACGAAGGGAGAAGGAGAGAAGAGAAGCGAGCGAAAGCCUCGACUCGAUGCAAGAGUUCCAACCGGUCCCGAGCUAGCGGGUCGGGUCUUCCCGAGGCCCGACACCGCAGCCCGCGGCGAGCCACCGUCGACCCCUCACCAAACCCCAAUCAAAUGCCCCCGAUGCGAAUCCACGAACACUAAGUUCUGCUACUACAACAACUACAACCUCUCUCAGCCCGCCAUUUCUGCAAGUCCUGCCGCCGCUACUGGACCAAAGGCGCUCUUGCGCAACGUCCCGGUCGGCUGCGGCUCGUGCCGCAAGAACUCCUCCAAAAGAUCGGCCAAGUCAUCCAAACCCGAUAAGAACCCCCGACCCAAGCCCGUUACCGCUCCCUCUGGGUCGAGCUCUGAAUCUUCUUCCAACCCGAAUCCGAAACCGAACCCGGACCCGGUUCCGCCGCCUUCUGCGGCGACUGUUUUUGAUGGGUUGGGGUUCGAUUUCUCGGACCCGGGCGUGUUGACGGGUUACCGGGUUGCGGAUCCGGAGCCGGUGGAUCCGAAUCAGGGGAAAGGAUUGGAGUGGGGGAACGGGUCGGUGGAUUCGGGUUCGCUGUUUGAUAUUACGAGCUCGGUGGAUACGUACUGGAACCAGGCGAACUGGGGUGACACCGAUCCUUCUCUUUAUUUACCUUGAUAAUUAUAUUACUGGAAAAUAACAAGGUUUUAUAUGUAAUUUUUUUUUAAAUAUUUUGGAUUGGGUUUUUGAUGAUGGGGAUGGUCGGAUGGUCGGUGUUACUAACCUCCUGCGUGUUUUUAAUCGCAUAGCCUGCAGGACUAAUAGAAGUAUAAUAUAUUAUAUAUGAUCAGAAAGGAUAUAUUUUUCUUUCUUUCUUUUUUUUUCUCCUUUGUUGGGAUUUCAAGUUGUAAUUUGUGUCGUCAGUGAAUUUAUUGAAAAUCACAAAUUCUAAGUCCUUUGUGUGUUCAUCA